AUGCAUCUUGUAAAUUGCAACGCCGAGAAACGACCAGAGGUUUUACGUGACUUCAUCCGUCAGAAUCCUCUUGGUAUUUUAACAACUGCAAUCAAAUCGGAGACGCAUCCAUUUCUUCAAAACAGUCACGUUCCUUGGAUAGUCGAUGCGGAGUUUGAUGGCAAUACGAGUGGUCUUGGUAGACUUCGCGGUCACAUUGCGCGACAAAAUCCUCAGGCAAAAGCCAUCAUAGAAAGUUGCACAGCAGACGACAAUUCACCAGCAUCAAACGUCCUCGAGAAUGACGUUCUUGUAUUGUUCAACGGACCAGUCCAUCACUAUGUUACACCUAAGUUCUACAAGCAGACCAAACCUGAUACUGGAAAAGUAGUUCCUACCUGGGAUUACGAGGCUGUGGAGCUUUACGGUAAAGCAAAGGUUUACUACGAUUCAAAGUCUGCUGAAUCCGGAGCAUUUCUGGCAAAGCAGAUAUCUGAUCUCUCGGAGCAUAUGGAGACGUCGGUAAUGGGUUAUGGCAAGACCGCAGGAACACAUCCGUGGAAAGUGGAGGAUGCACCUGAGCGUUAUAUUGAAUUGCUCACCAAGAACAUCAUUGGGAUAGAAAUUGAAAUUACUUCCAUGUCGGGAAGGUUCAAGUGGAGCCAAGAGAAGAAUGUGAAUGAUAGAGCUGGUGUGAUAGAAGGAUUCAAAAACUUAAAUACGCCUGGCGGUGCACUACUCUCUGAAAAAGUCGAAACCUACGCUGCUCUUUUUGAUGCAGACAAAGCAGCAAAGAAGGCGGGAAUAUAG